AUGUGGGCGAUUCCGAUCGAAUACUGGGCUCCGGAUGGGACUAGCCCGACAGCUGCCAUUCAGUUCGACUGGAUCCCGCCGGGCUACAAGGAGUGGCCGAUGGUGGUGAAGCAGACGUCCGGGGUGCCGAUCAUCCUGAAAUGGGAGGGCCGAGGGUACUACCGGGUCGAGUACUCCCGGGAAGAGUGGAAAACCCUGUUCUCCUACCUGAUCGAGCGCCUGCGCAGCAGUGCUGACUGGAAUGCGGUGACGCCGCUGACCCGCUUGGCGCUUUAUGCUGAUGCUCUGGACGAAGGACUUGUUGGGGAGACUUGGAUCGAGUAUCCAGCCCAGCACCCGAACCAUUGGCGGCUCUACGACUCGGUGUUGAACGAAGAACGGCCCGAGGUGCAGCCCCUCCUCGUCCAGAUGCUAUUGGAUUGGAAUGCGAAACGCAACGACCCCGAGCCUUUUGAGCGUCUCAUGGUGAACUGGCUGAUGCAGUACGGACGCCUCGACGAAGCCUAUAAAGCCAUCACGGAGGAGUUGAAGCAGCCGGAGAACAUCCCCGAGAUCAGCACCGGCCUCCCGCAAAAAGCUGAAUAUCCACUGUUCCUGAUCCGUCUGUCGUGCUACUUUGACCAGCGCCGCUGCAUCGACUGGGCCAAGGCCAUGUUUGACGCUGAUGUGGGGUGUUGUAAAUUUUGCGAAAAAGUGGACCGCACCGAGCGGCAGAACCUGAUCGACGCCUUCCGCCGCGAGUGCAUCAAGCCGAAGACGCCGGAGAACGAUCCCUACUUCCGGAAGCGCACCGGCAUCCGCGGCAUCUUCGCCCCGUUCAGCAUCGAGAGGGACGACGUCUACGAA